AUGCCAUUUCGAGUAUCUCGCCUUGCAACCUUCACUCGCCGCUCGCAACACCGUUUUUCCAUUUCCCUCGCCUUCUCUUCUCUUCCCCAAUCCCAAAUCCUCCACAAUUUUCUACCAUGGUUGGAGAAAAAGGCUACUUCCACUAUUUCUUCAUCACUCUCCAUCGCUAAUUCUUCAUACGGAAACUCCUUGUUCGCUUCCAACUCAAUUCAAACCGGAGAUUGCAUCUUACAAGUUCCCUACUCUGUCCAAAUUACCGCCGAUAAUCUCGCACCUGAAAUCAGAACUUCGAUCAGUGAAGAUGUUGGAAAUAUUGCAAAACUUGCUAUUGUUCUUCUAAUUCAUAAGAAUUUGGGUCAGGACUCUGAAUGGCAUCCUUAUAUCAGCUGUCUUCCACCACAAGGAGAGAUGCAUAAUACUAUAUUUUGGAAUGAAAGUGAGUUGGAUAUGAUUCGUGCAAGUUCGGUUUAUCAGGAAACCAUUUACCACAAGUCUCAAAUUGAGAAGGACUUUCUGGCAAUCAGGCCUGUUCUUGAAACAUUUUGUCAAAGUUUUGGAGAUUUUACUUGCAAGGACUUCAUGCACGCAUGUACACUAGUUGGCUCUAGAGCAUGGGGAGGCACAAAGGGUUUAUCUCUGAUUCCAUUUGCAGAUUUCUUAAAUCAUGAUGGGAUUUCAGAAUCCAUUGUAAUGAGUGAUGAUGACAAACAAUGCUCAGAAGUUACUGCUGAUCGGGAUUAUGUUCCUGGUGAACAGGUUCUUAUAAGAUAUGGAAAGUUUUCAAAUGCUACAUUGAUGCUGGACUUUGGUUUUACAAUUCCCUACAACAUUUAUGAUCAGGUUCAGAUCCAGUUUGAUAUACCUAAGCAUGAUCCUCUGCAUGACAUGAAAUUGGAACUCUUACAACAAUACUCUGUGCCUCCGACCAACGAUGCAAAGGGCUUGAAAUGUUCCGUGAAUUCCUUCACAAUCAAGGAGGUAAAGUCUGCUAGAGGAAAAGGGAAGGGAGUGCCACAAUCACUUCGCGCACUUGCUCGUAUUCUUUCUUGUACCAUGCCUCAGGAGCUCGACCAUCUGGUCACGGAGGCUGGACAAACUGAUGGUAGACUGGCUAGACGCCCUUUACAGGAUAUGAACAAAGAGAUCCAAGCACACCAGAUGUUAUCUUCAUUAUUCAUCCGAUUAAUCGAGGAGCGCAAUACAACUCUUAUGUCAUUAGAUUCCUGCGAUUUUUCUUCCUUGUGUGAAAGACUUCCUGUUAGAAAACAAAUGGCUCAACAUCUCCUACACGGUGAGCUUCGCGUUCUAAAAUCCGCUUCCACCUGGCUUGACAACUACUGUUUUUCUUUGACUUGA